GUAUUAUUAGGAGAAAACAAAGUAAAAGCUUCAAACAUAGAAGCCUCUCACAGGUUUGCCUUGGAAAGAUCAAUGGUUCAGCGUAAGACUGCUCAAGCUUUGUUAGGGCAAGGACAUGGGAGGAGACUUGGACCGGAGAUGAUGAAGAAGAGACCAAGAACUAGUAGGCUUCCUCAACCAACGACACCGGAGAAGCAGAUCGUUGCUAAAGUCACAGGCGGGUCACCUAAUUAUAUGAAAGGAACGAAGAGUUCAGAGGCUAGGAGACAGAGCCACAGUGUUCAAGCUGGUAUAGAAAAGAAGAGCCAGACCGGUAAGAAACUCGAUUCUUGCACUAGAGAUAAGAAACUGAGUAGUAGUAGUAGUAGUAGUAAGUCUUUGAAAAAGGGUUUGAGUUUCAAGAGAAGUGGUAGGAGUAUUCGUUGUGGGGAUGUGAAUGCGCAUAGAGCAACUUGUUCUUCGUUUCUUAAAAACUCAAAGUUCACAGAGGAUAUGAUGCUUACUUCUCCUGCUGUCUUGAAAGUCUGUCCUUAUACGUACUGUUCACUCAACGCGCAUCUUCACCGCCAAUUCCCACCUAUUCAAAGCUUUAUAUCCACAAGGAGACGCUUCUUGAAGUCCCAUGCAGGUAUGAAGAUGAGUGGUGAAUGUGAUGAUGGUUGUGUGGAAAUCUAUGUUGAUGAGGAGAAAGAAAAUAGAAGCACUCGAGAAACUGAUAGCAAAGUAAUUGAUUCUAAGGCUGAGAAUAUGGAGGUGGAAUGGGAAGAGGCUGAAGAUUUAGAUUCUGAAAGUGCAGAGAUGGUGAGCUUACUAGAAGGGGAAGGCAUUGAAUCAUGUGGCUAUGGUAAUGAAAACAUCGGUAUGAUGACUGAAAACUUUGCGAUUCUUGAACAAUCCGAAAAUUCAAGUGAGGAUCAAGAACGUGAAGAGGGUGGUUUCUCGGAUAACACAAUCAACUCUUUAUUAUCUGAACAAGAUGACAUCAUUCUAGGGAAUGCUCUUGAUGAGAAGCUGGACUCCAAGGAAACAGAAGGUUGGAAGGCGGCAGAUGGAGAGAAAGUGAAAGAGCAGAUUAAACUUGCAUCGAAAACAGAGGAAACUCUGUUAUCUCUUGCACAAAAACCCUGCAACCGAGAAGAGUACACUGAGGAUUGGAGGGGAUUCAACCCAAGAGAACCGAAUUACAUUCAAACUACCGCAGAGCCGAGCAGCGAAACAGUUGAUCUCAAGCAUCAGGACAUGGAUGAGAGGAAGAAGGCAGAGGAGUGGAUGAUUGAUUAUGCUCUGCAACACACCGUAAGUAAACUUGUUGUAGAAAGGAAGAAGGAUGUGGCAUUGCUCGUUGAGGCAUUUGAAACAACAGUACCUAAAUAACCUUCACCAGUUUUCACUUAAGCAAGACACCUUCAAGCUUGCAAUUAACAUGCUAUCAAAGCCUUGGAACCAAGUGAGUUUAUGAAUGAUGAACUCUUUUUUUUUUUUUUAGUGGAAUGGAUUUGAGAAUAAUUGGGAAAAUGUGACUUAAUCAAAUGCUGAUGAUUUU